AUGGGUCAGACACUAUCCGAACCUAUCGUCGACAAGACGUCAGAGAAGGGCGAAGAUGAACGCCUCAUUUAUGGCGUUUCUGCUAUGCAAGGUUGGCGCAUCAGCAUGGAAGAUGCACACACGACCGUCCUGAACCUGCUCGAAAACAACGCUGCCGAGGCUAAGGGCCACGGCUCCAAAAUCAGCUUUUUUGGUGUUUUUGAUGGUCAUGGGGGAGACAAAGUCGCCUUAUUUGCCGGAGAUAACAUCCAUCAGAUCGUGUCCAAGCAAGACGCUUUCAAAAAAGCCAAUUACGACCAGGCCCUCAAGGACGGUUUCUUGGCUACGGACCGGGCUAUUCUGAACGACCCGAAAUACGAAGAGGAGGUCUCUGGCUGCACGGCUUGUGUAGGCCUCAUCACAGACGACAAAAUCUACCUUGCGAACGCUGGUGAUUCGAGAAGUGUCUUGGGCGUUAAGGGCCGUGCGAAGCCACUCUCAUUCGACCACAAACCACAGAACGAUGCGGAGAAGGCGCGGAUCACAGCCGCUGGCGGCUUUGUCGACUUUGGCCGGGUGAACGGCAACCUCGCUCUGUCUCGUGCUAUCGGCGACUUUGAGUUUAAGAAGAGUGCCGAGCUGGCCCCCGAGCAGCAAAUUGUCACUGCGUUCCCGGAUGUGACUGUCCACGAACUGGCCGACAACGAUGAGUUCCUCGUGAUUGCAUGCGAUGGCAUCUGGGACUGCCAAUCGUCGCAGGCUGUUGUCGAGUUUGUGAGAAGGGGCAUUGCAGCAAAGCAGGAGCUGGACAAGAUCUGCGAGAACUUGAUGGACAACUGUCUGGCCUCGAACUCGGAGACCGGAGGUGUGGGAUGUGACAACAUGACCAUGCUCAUCAUCGGCUUCCUGCGGGGACGGAGCAAAGAGGAGUGGUACGAGGAGAUUGCGCGGAGAGUGGCGAACGGAGACGGGCCUUGCGCACCGCCCGAGUACGCCGAGUUCCGGGGUCCCGGGGUGCACCACAACUUUGACGACAGCGACUGCUGUUUUGACACCGAGCCGGAGGGACGGGCACACUCGUUCGGCGUUGGUGGACACAACGGGCGGAUCAUUCUUCUGGGAGAUGGGUCGGAGGUGUUGACGGACUCGGACGACACGGAGAUGUUUGACCGGGAAGACAAGGAUCUGGACAGCCAAGUGUCCAAGGCAUCGACAAAGUCUGACGGAGACGACAAGGUGGCGGUGAAGACGGAGAGCACAGAGGAGAAAGUGAAGGUGGCAGACGUGGUCACGCGGCCAGCAGCAGCUGCGACGACGACGGGUGCGGUGAAGCAGGAAUCGCCAGAAGCGGAGAAGAAGUCUUAG